AUGACAAAGAAGUUCGAAUUCAAUUGGCGGAUCGAGGUGCCGGAGCUGCUGAGGAAUGGCUCGACGUUCGAUCGAUGGUUCGAAGACAAGGAAACGACCGAAUAUGAACCAAAUUGUUUGUUCAAAGUCGACGAAUAUGGAUUUUUUAUUUAUUGGAAGAGCGACGGCAAGGAUGGUGACGUGAUAGAAUUGGCCCAAGUGAGUGACAUUCGAUAUGGCGGAACGCCAAAGGAUCCGAAGUUAUGUAAUAAAUUGAGUAAACACGGGACCAUGGAACAAAUAGAUGAAAAAAGUUUAACUAUAUGUUCUGGUAUCGAUUACACGAAUAUCCACUAUCAACAUGUUAUUUGCGCGGACGCCCAAACGGCCAAGGACUGGCAAGCUGGUCUGCGAAAAAUCACGCAUAACACGAAAGCUUCGAAUGUGUGCCCGACAAUACAGUUAAUGAAACAUUGGAUGAGAUUAAGCUUUCAAGUGGAUCCAAAAGGAAAGGUGCCUGUGAAAGUAAUAUCGAAAACUUUCGCUUCUGGAAAAACUGAGAAGCUCGUUUAUCAAGGUCUGGCAGACUUAGGCUUACCUAGCGGAAAGAGCGACAAAAUGGAAGCGAAAGACUUCACAUUUGAGAAAUUUAAAACCUUAUACUUUAAGAUAUGUCCUCGGAACGAUAUCGAAGAACUGUUUCAAUCGAUUACGAAAGGAAAAUCGGAUACAAUCAAUCUGGGGCAGCUGGUGCAGUUUAUGAACGAGAAACAAAGAGAUCCUAGGCUCAAUGAAAUUUUAUAUCCUCUUUACGACGAGAAACGAUGUACAGAAAUUAUUAACGAUUAUGAGGAAGACGAGAAAGUGAGAAAUUCAAAAAGUUUUACCAAAGAAGGCUUCAUUCGUUAUUUAAUGUCCGACGAAAAUGCUCCGGUAUUUCUAGACAAACUGGAGGAAUGGAUGGACAUGGAUCAACCUCUUUCGCAUUACUAUAUUAAUUCAAGCCACAACACUUACCUAAGCGGCAGGCAAAUCGGUGGUAAAAGCACUGUCGAAAUGUACAGACAAGUGCUACUAGCUGGUUGCAGAUGCGUGGAACUCGAUUGCUGGGAUGGAAAGGGGGAAGAUGAAGAACCAAUUAUAACUCACGGGAAGGCUAUGUGUACAGAUAUUCUUUUUAAAGAUGUUAUAUAUGCUUUAAGAGACACUGCAUUUGUCACUUCGGAGUACCCUAUAAUUUUGAGCUUUGAAAACCAUUGCUGUCUCAAACAGCAGUACAAAUUAGCUAAGUACUGUGACGAAAUAUUAGGCGAUCUGUUGCUAAAGGAGCCAUUAAAGGAUUAUCCGCUCGAACCAGGGCAACCGCUUCCACCACCAAGUGCACUAAAGCGCAAAAUAUUAAUAAAAAAUAAAAGGUUGAAGCCGGAGGUGGAGAAAGUCGAACUAGAAUUGUUCCGGUCCGGACAAUUCGAAGCCAAAGAUGAAGUGGUUGAAGAUCCAAAUGCACCUGCGCCCCCACCGCAAGAACCACCGAAGGAAGAAGCACCACCGGAAGGUGCACCAGCUGAAGGGGGUGCGCCAGGCGAAGGAGGUGCUGAAGGUGAAGCACCACCUAUCCAGUAUACCGGUAGUACCAUGGCUUGCCAUCCCUGGCUUUCUUCGAUGAUCAAUUAUGCACAACCGAUAAAGUUUCAGAGCUUUGAAACUGCGGAAAAGAAAAAUAUUCACCACAACAUGUCUUCGUUCUCGGAAACCGCUGCACUGAAUUAUCUGAAAACUCAUUCAGUGGAAUUUGUUAAUUAUAACAAACGUCAAAUGAGCCGCAUCUACCCCAAGGGUACUCGAGCUGAUUCCUCAAAUUACAUGCCUCAGGUCUUCUGGAACGCUGGCUGUCAGAUGGUAGCAUUAAAUUUUCAAACGCCAGAUUUACCUAUGCAGCUGAAUCAAGGAAAAUUUGAAUAUAACGCGACAACGGGGUACUUGUUGAAGCCUGAUUUCAUGAGAAGGCCGGAUCGAAAUUUUGAUCCAUUCUCUGAGGACGUGGAUGGUGUUAUCACUGCUCAAUGUUCCGUACAAAUAAUAGCAGGACAAUUUUUGUCUGAUAAAAAAGUGGGCACUUACGUUGAAGUAGAUAUGUAUGGUUUGCCGGCAGACACUAUCAAGAAGGAAUUUAGAACGCGAAUGGUGCCAGCGAACGGGUUAAAUCCAGUUUACAACGAGGAACCAUUUCUUUUCCGAAAAGUUGUGCUUCCAGACUUGGCAGUUCUCAGAUUUGGCGUAUACGAAGAGUCUGGCAAACUGCUGGGUCAACGUAUUUUACCACUGGAUGGCCUUCAGGCUGGAUAUAGACAUAUUUCGUUGAAGACCGAGGCGAAUUUCCCUAUGGCACUGCCGAUGUUGUUCUGCAACAUUGAGCUGAAGAUUUACGUGCCCGAUGGAUUCGAAGACUUCAUGGCAGCCCUGUCUGAUCCGGGUGGGUUCAGCAAGGGAGCAGAAAAACAAGCCGAGACGAUGAAAGGACUCGGGAUCGAGCAAACCGACGCGAAAGCGGAGGCCAAGAAGAAGAAAGAGGAAGAGGCUAAGAAGGAGGAAUUCAAACCGGAACCUAUCACGGUAGAAUCGUUGCGAAGGGAGAAAGCGUUCAAACAGGGAAAGAAACAGCUAAAGGAAUUGGACACCAUGAGGAAGAAGCAUCAAAAAGAGCGACAGACCAUGCAGAAGAACCAUUGCGCCGCUAUUGAUAAAUUGGUGAAGGGAAAAGACAAGAGUGCGUUGCUUCAAGAUGCCAAUGUGAAAAAGGUUAUAAGCGAGCAAACCGCCCAGUGGUCCGCCAUGGUGGAAAAGCAGCGAAAAGAAGAGUGGGAAUUAUUGAAGAAUCAAACGGAGAGCGCUAGGGAAGAAUUCAAAAAACUAAUCGAAAUUGUUCAGGCUAACCAAGUGAAGCAAUUACAAGCGAAACAUGAUAAAGAUAUAAAGGACAUGAACGCGGCUCAAGUGAAAAUAUCUGUGGAUACAGCUAAAGAAGUGAUGAACGACAAAGCGUUAAAGUCGAAGGGUGACAAAGACCGUCGACUUCGCGAAAAGAAAGAGCAAAAUACGAAGAAAUUCAUGCAAGAAAGGAAAACUGUGCAGAUCAAACAAGCCCGUGAAAAAGAAAAGCUGACGAAAUCGCAUGAAAAACAAGUGGCUGAGCUGGAUGGCGAAAUUACCGCGGCCAUUGAAAUGUACAAAAACGAAGCACUUCACCUCGACAUGUCGUCUAAAACAGAAUUUUUCGUGUAAAUGAUUUCCCGAUGUCGAUAUUUACAUACUAUAUUUAAGAAGAUUUUUCUAUGCAUUUUUACUGUAAAUGUUCUUUCUAUUUCUAUUGUAUCCGUCUAGGCUUUAUUCUUUGCUACACUGCUUCGCUUUACGACGAUUCAAACUAUUUGUACGAGCAUUUAUGUACACUCGUUUAAUACGCCCUUUGAACCUUACAUUUGUUUAUACGCUUGCGAAUAGCUUUCUGAGACAUUCUAAAACCAGAAUUUUUGACGAAUGUUUCCAGAUUUUAUAUAUUACCUUUUACCCCCAAAUAUUUUUAAUAAAUAUUUAUUUGUAAUAUUUUAUAUGUAAUUAUAUUAAUAUAUAGUAACGAUUAUUCUUCUACCACCGUUAUAAUAUUAUAUUUCAAUUGUAACUACAAAUGUUUUACGAACUUUCGAGAGAAAAGCUACAUUUCAAUAAAUGCACUAAGAAUUUUAGAAACUACACUCGUUUC